AUGCGUGCCGUACUUUUUAUGUUCUACACGAUUGAAACCGUUCUGAAUAUAUUCAUAAUGGCAUAUCAUAUACCUGGAUUCCUGGCAAUACCGGGCAACCACGCUAUUACAUACGAUCCGCUUACCUACAGUGUUGUCUUCUACGUGGGUACCGUUCUAACCCUAUUCGCCAGUAUCAAUAUUUGCACGGGACAUACGCCUCAUAUGUGGGUGGAGAUCAUUCGCACUGGAUUGGCUGCAUUCGCCUUUAUAGUGGUCUCGCUUACAACCAUGAAGGAUGCGGAACAGGAUCUUAAUACGUUCUAUGUUAAGCUCUCCGAAGAUACACCGGUGCACCAAUUCUUUCACUAUAUGCGUGGCCAGUCGAUUGCUUCCCUCUGCUGUGGAGUGAUGUUUUUGUUGCACUGCACCAUUGUGACUGAUGUGCUGCUUUCGCAGGACUCGAACGAGUUCGUGGACGACGAGGAUGAUGAUGAGGAUGAUCUGGAGGAGUUAGUGAAGCUAUAUGCUGGUGGUGCCUAUAUGCAUAGGCACUUGGAGAAAUAUGAUUGGUUUAGAGCCCUAACCGAUAAACGACGUUUCUCGCUAUAAGUCAUCCAAAAUCAGAAAACAUUACUUUACCGAAAAAAAAAAGAGUUUCGCGACACCCACACAAACUGCGAUUUGUACACGUAUUUGUCUUGGCCAACCUGUUUCACUUGUUGGCUUGUUGGCCUCUUGGCGCCUGGUGGAACUUGGUAGUUGGCUGAACGACCCACGCACAACACACAAUAACAACAUUUGAAAACCACAAACAAUCAUUAA